GUGAGAAGGAUUUGGUCGAACUUCUCGUCAAUCAUGGCGCGAGUGUCAAUGCAGAAGAUGAAGAUAAACGAACGCCACUACAUGAAGCUGCCAGACGGGGUUGGAAGGAGUCGGCCGAAUUUCUCCUCAAUCAUGGGGCUAGUGUUAAUGCAGAAGAUAAAGAUAAACGAACGCCACUACAUAAAGCUGUAUUUUGGGGUGAGAAGGAUGUGGUCAAACUUCUCAUAAAUCAUGGAGCUAGUAUCGAUGCGAAAGAUGAGAAUGGAUUGACUUCACUUCACGUGGCUGCAGAAAUUGGUCGAAUGGAUAUUGCACAGCUACUCAUCGAUCAUAAAGCCACUGUUGAUGCAAUAAGUAAAAACAGCACGACGCCCCUUCACGUGGCUGCAAAAUUUGGUGAAACGGAUGUUGCCAGACUUCUCUUCAGUCACGGAGCUUAUGUUAAUGCAGUAACUGAUGAUAAAUGGUCAGCGCUCCAUUUCGCUGCAGAAAAGGGUAAUAGUCCAAGCAAUUGA